AUGCGUAAUACGGUAAUUGAAAAUCAUAAUGGGCAAUUAAUGUCUAAAACUCAACAUUAUCGUAAAGUAACAAAACCAUUAUUAGAACGUAAACGUCGUGCUCGCAUGAAUCACUAUUUAGAUGAAUUAAAAAAUUUAAUUGUUGAAACAAUGGAAGCACAAGGUGAACAUAUUACUAAAUUAGAAAAAGCUGAUAUAUUAGAAAUGACAGUCACCUAUUUAAAAAGUAAAAGUCAAUUUAAUUCAUCACAAAAUAAUAUUAAUUCAAUUAUAAAUCAAAAUAAUUCAAUAAAUCCAGAAAAAUUUCGUGCCGGUUAUACACAAGCUGCAUAUGAAGUAUCAAAAGUAUUUGCUUCAGUACCUGGUUUAGAUGUUGAUUUUGGUACAAAAUUAAUGAAACAUUUAGGUUAUAAAUUAAAAGAUUUACAACCACCACAAUCUAUAUUAAAUACAUCAUCAUCUACACCACCAUUAUCACAACAAGAAAAUUUAUCAUCA